UUCCCUAGCGGGUCACGAGCGAACUUCAAUUAAGGGCUUUUUUAUAUUUUUAUAUCGGAAGCUGGCUCCGAUAGUUUGCCCGUGAUUUUCUUCCGAGACCCGUGCUCGACAACAAGUGGCCAGAACCAUUGGCCGCGUAAUGAGCGAAUUGUUGUCACAGUGAAUCGUUUUUUUGCAACUAAUUAAGGACUAGUCAAGUGAUAAGUGAAACAACCACACAGAAUGCCGAACGACGAUAAUGGCAACUCUACGGCAGAAAGCGAGCCUCUCGCACCUACCGACCAGGCCGAUGCUGAUGGUGUCGCCGUUCAAGGACAGCCCGGAGCACAGCUGCAGCAGCAGCAACCGUCGCGCGCUGAAUCGUUCUUUGCCAUCACCAAGUCGCUGAUCAUUCGUGCAUUGAUUAUUUAUUUCAUAUCAUCAUUCUUCCGCCGUCCCGCGCCAGAUGCCGGGGUGAACCAGCAGGCCGCCGCGGGCAAGUCGAAGAUAAACGCCUGGAAUCUGUUCGAGAAUGGCACCGUUUUCGAUUUGCACGUGUACAUCUCCGAAGAUCAGUACGACGUGGACUUUAACAAUCCAAGUAGCUUAGUUUGGCUACAGGAAGGGCUUAUUUACGGCGAUUGGUACGGAGGCCGCGAUGGUGACGGGAUUUUUACGCUCAAUACUCAAAUCAAAGCUUCCGAGCAGCUGAUGAACAAUGGAUCGAUAUACCUGCACACCUACGUGACGAAGACAGGCCUCAGCCCGAAUCCGGCAGCCGGGGAAGAUUUCGCCGGCAAAAACAUGGGCCACGCGAGAGCAAUGCUGAGCAAAUACAAGCGGAUAAAGCGCACCAAAACGCACAACUUGCUGGCGGGCGAGAAGGAAAAGUUCGAAAAAGAGCUAGAAGAUGCACUGGUGGACGAUAAGAUCCUGGCCCACUGGCAUCCGAACCUGACCAUCAACCUGGUGACGGAUCAAACGAACUGGGUGAAGGGUACGGUGCCGCCGCCCCUGGAUGAGUACAUUAAAUUUCUUCCCGGCGGACAGACCUACCUGCCGAUCGUGUUCUACAACGACUACUGGAACAUGAUGCGGGACUAUCAGCCGAUUAAUCGCACCACGCCGGUGCUGGACCUGAACCUGUCCUACCAGCCGCUAUCGCUCUUCAAGUGGCAGCUGUACGCCGCCCAAGCGAUGCGCAACAAAUGGGCCAACAACAUGUUCACGGAAGCGCUUUCGGGCGGCUCCGAGACGGACGAGGACCAGGACUCGCUGAAGGAAGCGCUGCUCGACACGAACCCGUACCUGCUGGGCGUCACGAUCGUGGUGACGCUUCUGCACAGUGUGUUCGAGCUGCUGGCAUUUAAGAACGACAUCCAGUUCUGGAACAACCGCAAGUCGCUGGAGGGCCUUUCCGUUCGCUCGGUGUUCUUCGGCGUCUUCCAAUCGCUGAUCGUGCUGCUGUACGUGCUGGACAAUGAGACCAACUUCAUGAUUAAGAUCAGCUGCUUCAUGGGACUCGGCAUUGAGGUGUGGAAAAUCCAGAAGGUGGUCAAUAUAAACGUGACCAAGGAGAACCGUGUGCUCGGAUUUCUCCCGCGCAUCACCUUCACCGACAAGGGAUCGUACGUUGAGUCGAGCACGAGGCAUUACGAUAAUCUGGCAUUUAAGUAUCUCGGAUGGGUGUGUUUCCCGCUGCUGGUGGCGUACAGCGUGUACAGCGUCCUGUAUCAGGAGCAUAAGGGAUGGUAUUCGUUUGUGCUGAACAUGCUGUACGGAUACCUGCUCACGUUUGGCUUCAUCAUGAUGACCCCGCAGCUGUUUAUCAACUACAAGCUAAAGUCGGUCGCACAUCUGCCGUGGCGAAUGUUGACCUACAAAUUCCUCAACACCUUCAUCGAUGACAUCUUUGCGUUCGUCAUCAAAAUGCCGAUGAUGUACCGAAUCGGCUGCUUCCGUGACGAUAUCGUGUUCUUCAUCUUCCUUUACCAACGCUGGAUCUACAAGGUUGAUUCGAAGCGUGUGAAUGAGUUUGGAUUCUCGGCAGAAAUGCUGCAGUCCAACGAUGAAGGAACGACACCAGCGACCGCUUUGCCGGAGCCGAUCGCCAGCAGUGGCGACGAACAGCCGGAAGAAGCUGCUGGUAGUCAACCUGCCUCGCCCAAUGCAAAGAAAAGGAAGAACAAAAAGUCUUCCCCCAAGCGCAAGGGAGCCAAUAAGACGGCCACGGAUAAGAAGGACGACUAGUAACGCAUAUGCAAACACACCAUUAGUUACUCACAUAACUAGAACGCCGCUUUGCGCCCUUUGCUUGGAGCGAAAAGCCGGAAAAGCCCCACUUGAGUGUGUGUGCGCGCGCGCGCAGGCAACCGGUGGCCCCGUAAUUGUAUCUUGUAUUGCGUUUAUUAUGCUAGUGAAUUUGUUUUUCUACGUAAAGUAUAUUUAAUUUUGUCCUAGUUGUUAGCAAGCAGUGUAGUAGCAGCAGUAUAACGACCACCCCACUGAUGAUCACACCCGAUCCAGCUGUAACCAAUAAUAUGAAAGCUUUACUAGGUUCAUUCGUUUCUCAAAAAGACUACGUUUAGCAGUAAUAGUAGUGCCGGACGGAAAAGAACGAAAUGAGCUGUGGUAUGUUUUACAUGAUACAAGUACAUGUUAGUGUAGUAUGAUAA